AUGGCUCCUGCCGUACUGAGGUUGCUGAAGUGAGUGAGGAAGAGAUCUCUGUUGUAACACUUGGCAGAGAGAAUAAACAAUUGUCUACAUGACUGCAAUGUGUUCAUGUCAUUACGUUAAUAGUAUGUGUGAAUGCGAUCACAACUUAGGUUGUUGUCCAUUUCCCCCUCUAUGAUAUGAAAGUUGCUGCGUGGUAUGUGCGACCUUAUUAUUCUGCGGGGGGUAGAGUUAUUAGGAUUAACCAUAGCACUAUUAUACACUGUCCUUGUUCGCUCUGCUGAACUAUUGCUAUUGUCAUAUGAUGCCCCUAAAGGGUUGUAAGUUAUCUUAGUGUCGAUGCGUUAUUUGCAUAGUCCUUCGUGUUGUGUUUUUUUUUUAUUUUAUUUUUUUAAUUUUAUUAUUUUUUGUGCAGAUUUACUACAAAAACAUGUAUAGCAGGAGGAGCAGUAUAUGUGGCCUAUGACCAGGGGCUGCUGGGCAGUGGCACACAGGGAGAGGAAGUCUUAAAGAAGAUGGUUGCUGCUGUGCCCCCUGCUUUAAAUGAAUGGGCAGACUACUUUGGCUGGCAGGUAUGGAUGGGUUUAUUAAAGCAGAUGAGAGUCAAUGUACUUACUGCACAUAUUUAAUAUUUAGCAAGUUAGCCUCCGUGACAGGACCUCAACAGUUAGAACAAGUUGGGUUGAAGGGAGCAGUUCAUUCUGAAGCUGAUAUACCCCUUCUGGAUGCAGUUUAUAGUUCUCUUCUUUGCUGAAUACCUGCAGUUUAUGCAUGUACCAGGAAACAGCUGAGGUUUCUUUGCCAAUAUGUGUUCUUUGAAGUACUCUACAGACGUUUUAAGCACCUCCGCUUACUGAAGUGCUUUAGGGGUUAAGAACAUGUCCCUUUUAUCUUAUUUUAGAAAAUUGAUUAUUUCAAGGGAAAUCAGCACAUUUGUAAACUAUCCUUAGUAACAUCUCUCUUCCCUGCUUGUUUGUUCAAAGUAAAAGUGAGGGUUGCUCAUAGAGAAGCAUUGAUGGCCAAUUGCUGUGUAUGCGUCACUGUGUCCCACUUCUCUUUAAGAAUAAUGUUAUUGGCUGGGGGAUAAUCGCUAGUGAUGAUCUUCGGGUAGGGCACCAGAGCUUUGUUAAAGCUAUAGUCACCAGAACAACUACAGCUUAUUGUGUUUGUUCUGGUGAGUAUAAUUAUUCCCUUCAUGCUUUUUGAAGUAAACACUGUUUAUUCAGAGAAAAGGCAAUCUUUACAUUACAGCCUAGGGAUACCUCCACUGGCCACUCCUCAGAUGGCUGCUAGAGGUGCUACACUCUGCAUGGAGACACUGAACUUUCCUCAUAGAUAUAAAUUAAUUUAAUGCAUUUCUAUGAGGAGAUGCUGAUUGGCCAGGGCUGUGUUUGUCUUGUGAUGGCUCUGACCCUGAUCUGCCUCCUUGGCUAUCUCAGCCAAUCCAAUGCUUUCCUAUGUGAUAGCAUUGUGAUUUGGUGUUGAGCAACACUUCUGAUUAUGUCAGCCAAUCAGGCAAAUCAGGGGAAAAAGCAGCAGCAGAGUGGAGUAAAAGUAUGAUUUUGCUAUAUUUAGGAAGGGUGGAGGGAGCAGGGGGGCUAGAUGGUUGUUUUAAAACCAUAGGUAUAGGAAUACAUGUUUGUGUUCCUAUAGUGUUCAUUUAAGCGGAUGAUUUCACCUCUAGGUUAGAGGAAAGUAAUGUAUUUAUUUAGGAAAAUAGUGGGGAGUGAUAAAUCUAAACUAACAAAAUAACUUUACAAUUUAAUGUAUUUAUUUGCAACAAUUGUAGGGUUCUUUUAACAAAGCACUGUGUCGUUUAAGUGAACCCAUGCUCAGCAGAAAUGUAUGUAAAUAGUUUAUCAGCCUCUAAUAAUUUAUGACACGUGGCAGCACAGCAUCUACUAGCUGGACAACUGCAUUAAUAUACUUUUAGUAUGUAUUGCAUGCUGCAAAUACAGAAUCUCUCUUUUGGAAACUAACGAGAGCCUAUACAAGCCACUAAGGAAUUGUGAGGUUUAGAGCAAGUAUUUUUACAAAAUACAAGGAUUGCUUUGAAAGAAUGCAGGAAGAAAGAAUUAAUGUAAGGUGCAUAUUUAAUCAUGAUUUUUGGUGUGCUUUAAAUGGGUACUGUAUGCAGCAUUAUUAUUGCAUCUCACUAGAGUGAUUUGUUACAAAGAUUGCUCUGGUACAAUCCCUCAGUUUAAUAUCAAACUGUAAAGAUCAUUUUUAUAUAACCGGAGAGUAUGCAUCUCUCCAAGUCACAUUUAUAAUGUGGAAUUAACAUAUUGCCUAAUUUUAACUAUAGCUAAAUCUUAUAAAUUAGAUGUACACUUUUUUUGUAAUAUGUGUUUUGUCUUGCAAUGGAAUUUCAUCAGGUUUCCAAUAUACUCCCCCUUUUUUGCCAGGAAUUUCCGCACCACCAUAACCCUCAUUUGUGGGCGCGUAGUUACUGUUUUGAAGGCUUUCCCUAAGGCUGGUACAGUGUCCUGUUAAUGUAGAUGCCCAUUAACGGAGUGACAUUUGAUAUCACUCUUUUUAUGCAAAGGCUACUGCCGGCUUGGAUGGAGGAGGGGGGCUAAUGUGCUGUAAAUCUCAUCCUUUUAGAGCUGUGCAUUAGACUGGCAAUGUGAGAAAUUCCCAGAUUUUCAUGCAACAUGGCGCUAUACCAAUGACGCGUGUGCACUGCCAUAUAAUCAAACUGGGCCAGUAAAAAAAAACGGUAGGAGGGCUUUCUAGCAGACAGGCAUCUGCAUUGCCUUGAAUGAUAUUCACAAUCUAUACAUUGUAUAGGUGAGGAAUGCAUUCAAAGAAAAUAAGUAAAGUCAUACAUGGAAUCCAUUAACAUCUAAAGUCAGUGUCAGCCUAGAUGACAUAGGGUGAGAACAUUUGGCUAACAUGGACAUGCUUUCAGCCAACUAAUGUUGUCCAUGUUUGAUUAAAUGUUCUACAGGUCAAUGAUGGGAAUUCUGUAAAUUUUAAUUGGUUGUGGAUUGUUAACUCCUGUCCAGCUAGACACAGAAACAUUGUUUUUUAUUUUAGUAUGAUUACGGAGUUUACUUGUUUUUUUUUUUUACCGCACCUGGAGAGAUACUUUCCCACCCUGUGACUUUGAUAUCCCCACGCUGCCUUUCCUAUUGUGUGUUUAUACCCUAUCUCCUCUAGCAAUCUAGUAUUCCUGUCAAAAUGUGUAAUCACAAAAAUAGCAAAAGAAAGGCAAAGUGCUGGAAGUUUUAGUGCAGGUAGACCAAACUAGGGACCUAUUUAAGCACCAACAAGAAGUGAACAAAUAAUACAAACAUGUUGCACCAAUAUAAAACAAGUUCUACAACAAAUAACUAAAAAAUUAAAAUAAAACGAAUACUAAUAGUGCAGUAUUUAGUAUACUUGGUUAGUGACAAACAAGGUGCUUAGCCUUAAAUGCCAAGCCACAUUUUUUGACGCUUGCAUACGGUGUACAUACAGUGUCACGUAAAGUGUGAGAAUACAAUUUAUAUUCUUUGACACUUUAUGUACACUGUAGUUAUAAUAUUGCACUAUUGGAUUUUACUCCAACAUUUCAUGUUCUACUCUGAGAUACAAGACUGACCUAUACCUGUAUCCAAUAGUGGGUAGAAUACAUGCCGAUAUUACUGGAGCUUGUAUGUAAGCUCCAAUAAAUGUGAGUGAGCAUUUAAGCACUUUGUUGUUUGUAACUAAUCAACUAUACUAAAUACUACGCUACAUUAGUCUGUCUCUCCCUCUCCCUCUCCCUCUCCCUCUCCCUCUCCCUCUCCCUCUCCCAGAAACAUUGUUUUUUAUUUUAGUAUGAUUACGGAGUUUACUUGGUUUUUUUUUUUACCGCACCUGGAGAGAUACUUUCCCACCCUGUGACUUUGAUAUCCCCACGCUGCCUUUCCUAUUGUGUGUUUAUACUCUAUCUCCUCUAGCAAUCUAGUAUUCCUGUCAAAAUGUGUAAUCACAAAAAUAGCAAAAGAAAGGCAAAGUGCUGGAAGUUUUAGUGCAGGUAGACCAAACUAGGGACCUAUUUAAGCACCAACAAGAAGUGAACAAAUAAUACAAACAUGUUGCACCAAUAUAAAACAAGUUCUACAACAAAUCCUCUCCCCCUCUCCCCCUCUCCCUCUCUCUCCCCUCUCCCCUCUCCCCUCUCCCCCUCUCCCUCUCUCCCUCCCUCCCCUCUCCCCUCUCCCCUCUCCCUCUCUCCCUCUCCCCUUCCCUCUCUCCCUCCCCUCUCCCCCUCUCUCUCUUCUCUCUCUCUUCUUUUACAUUUUUAUUUAAUUUUACAUAUUCUAUAGAAUAUGUUUUUUUUUUAAUACUCGUGCAACAUGUUGUUUGUAAAAAAAUAUGUAAUAGUUUCUCGUUUGUUGUUAAAUUCACCCCUUUAUAACUUUGUAAAGCAAUGCUAUAUCAAUGCCAACAAUUAUAUUAAUAAUAGUUCAUUUAAGGAACACUAUAUAGGGUCAGGAACACAAACAUGUAAUUCAUAACCCUAUAGUGGUAAAACCACCAUCUGGUCCCAUCUUGCCUCUCUAAAUAUAGUAAAAUAUUGCUUGCAUUCAAGUCUGCAGCUGCUGGCUCUGCCUCUGAUCUGCCUGUUAGGCUGACCUAAUCAGAAGUGGUGGUCUGAGCCAAUCACAGUGCUUCCCCAUAGGAUUGGUUGAGACUGUCAAGGAGGCUGAUAAGGGGCAAAGCCAGCACAUGUCAAACAGAGCCCUGGCCAAUCAGCAUCUCCUGAUAGAGAUGCAUUGAAUCGAUGCAUCUCUAUGAUUAAUGUUCAGUGUCUCCAUGCAGAGGGAGGAGACACUGAAUGACAGUGCUGCACACACUGCCACAAGAAUCAUCUCUAGCAGCCAUCUGAAGAGUGGCCAGUGGAGUUAUCACUAGGCUGUGAUGUAAACACUGCAUUCUCUCUGAAUAAACCGUGUUUACUGCAAAAGCAAUAAGGGACUGACUAUACUCACCAGAACAAAAACAAUAAGCUGUAGUUCUACUUAUGACUGUAGUGUCCCUUUAAUUCAGAUCUACAUGUUACUGGAUUAAUAUAACCUUGCAUCUCAUUGCAUCAUUCUAUUUUUUAUUUUUUUUUAUAAUAAUUAAUAAUUAGUCAUUUAGGAUUAAUUCAGAUAUCCAUCAAUGUAGGCAGGACUUCUGAAUAGUAAACAGAGAGACAUAGUUGAAAGGGUAGUGGGCAUUUACUGGGAUGUAUGUGCGUACCACAAUAGCCCUUUGAAAACUUUUUGGUUUUAACAAAGCCAAUGUGUGUGCGGACAUAUGUCUACUUACAUUGAUAUUGCUUUCUCUGUUAGUAAUUGUAAACUCUAAAUUGCCAAUAAAUACAAUGGUAUUUUUUUUAGUAAGCAUAUUUAUUUCUUGUCGCACUUACUGUACUUUACAAUAAUGAACUUGUGCAUCUACACUGAUAUGUUGCAACCAGGAUAAAAUAUUGCAUGGAAAGGGAUGCUAGUGUAUUAUCUGAAAAAUUAUGAAGGACAGGCUUUGAUAAGGAUUAAACCAUGUACUUUUCUAUUGGCAAAAUGAUACAAAAAAAAAGUGACAGUAUGUUUUCCUCUUCUUGAAAUGUAAUUGUUUUGAAAGUUAUAAAUUCCUUUAAAAUAUGUUUAGGUUGUCUCGUCCUGUCUUCUUAAAAGCUUUUCCAUCAUCACUGGUGAUGAUCUUACCACUGUCAUCACCCACCCCCAGCACCACCAUACUAUUAGGGUAGAAAAAGAUUCAGCCCCUCUUCUGGCCCUUUUCCUACACAUUGUGUAAUGUAUAUAAAUAAGUGAAACAACUAAUUUCUGCAACAUUGUUGUUUUUUUUUUUUUUUCUCCAUUUAUUUAUCUUUUGUGUGUUAUCUGUAAAGAACAAUCUAAAGACAAUAAAUUUGAGAAUAAUUUUAUAUGCAACUUAUGCAUCCCAUGUUUUUGAAGGAUUAUUACUCAUGAUAUGUGUAUGCAUGCACAAAGAAAUCUUAUCUGCAUUUAUUAUUAAUAUCUAUUCUCACAUCUCUUACAGCUGCCCUCUCCACCAAAACUUGACUUCUCUAUCUGCGAGUCCUGGAAUUGGGGUAAUGAAAAAUGGAAACAAAUUUUGCUCCAGUUUACCAACCAAAUUACACAUUCUUAUCUAAAACUGAUUGUUUCCUUAAUAUUUUGCAAUACUCACAAAUGACCAAUGAAGGUGAAACAGUGGCGCAAAGUAGUAUAUGUUGUGCAAAUUCUACUUCAGUAGACAUGUUUUGCAACAACUCUUUUCUAGUGAAGUAAGCACAAAUAUUACUUCAGUGCAGUAACCAUACAGACGUGUGUGUGUGUGUGUGUGUGUGUAUAUGUAGAAAGGCCAUUAGACCUGAAUUUGUGGGAGGAGUAAGUCCCCUACUUAAGCUCCCAGCCCCUACUCACCUCUGAUGCUCGAGUUCAAGUGUUCCUGAUCUACUUCCGGUUCGCGUGACUUCCGAUCCGGGCGUCCUAUGUAGCAGCUGCAGUCUCCGGCAGAAUCCUCCGGUCUUUCGGCGGUCCGGCUACCUGGCUGCUAAACCGUGAGUCACACUUGCGGUACAUUCCGGUCCCCUCCACGCCGCACUGUGGUCUUAUCCGGGGGCCGGAACGCGCAUGGCGGCAAUCUUACCGGGGACCACCCACGGUCCCCACACUUCGGCAUCUAGGUGGUCGGUUUCGUACAUCUGUCUGGGGGGGUCCUACACCCCCCCCACGGACUCAGGUUCACGGUAAAACUACCCACAAGCCAAACGUUACUCUGGCUAAUAGGGGCACAUAUAUCCAUUUGUGGUUAAGUCCCUGCUGUUAUAACUUUGCUUUUAUAAUGUGUGUGUAAGGGAUGCCAGUUUUUUACUAGUGUGCAUGACAUAUUGGUAGUAAACUGUCAUUCAUUCUUUCCAUUAUUAUUUUCAUGUCUCAGUUACAACAGGCAAAGUUUAGUGGGCUGUUACCGCCACCUAGUGGUUUUCAUGGUAGUUGCUGGUUUUGUAUAAUAUUUAGCUUCUCUGCACUAAACUCUAGCAAGUAGCUGCAAUCUUACUUAGAGGUGCUACCAAAUUUCUAUUCACACAAUGUUAUACCAUUCCUGUAUGUGCAAGCUAAUCUGUAUGUGCAAGCCCUGUUAAAAAUUUUCGUUGAUCUCCACAGAUCGCUCCCCUUUUUUUGUCAUCACCUAACACAACUAUCACCUACAGUAGGGCACUUACUGUUUUCAACAAAUUUACAGCUGAAUUCGGAUUACAAGGCGAUUUCUCUACACAAACUAUGGUGGCUUUUGCCUCCUUUUGCCACUUACAUUUAAAACUUUCCCACAAUACAAUUAAAUUAUACCUCACGGGGGUGCAGCACCACAGCCUCACAAAUUUCCCUAACACCCCCUUUUUGUCAUUAUACCCCAUCAAGAAAAUCUUAAAGGGUAUCUCUAAAAUUUCGGUUCCACUUCUCACCACCAGACUUCCGAUAGAUGGGCCUAUCUUUAUAUUACUUAGUAAUCUCCUUGACGAAUCCCCAUUUGAUCCCAACACAAACCUGGUGAUCAAAUCUGCUAUCUAUUUAGCUUUUUAUGGGUUCCUAAGACCUAGGGAAUUUACCAUUGUUUGUCAAGGAGAUAUCACACACAGCCUUAAAACCUCACAACUCACAAAAGUAGACGAUUACUACAUUCUCACGAUCCCGUCUACCAAAACUAAUCAUUCACUACACCCCACUAUCAUUCCUCUCUUUCCAACAGAUAAUGCUUGGUGCCCUGUUAAGGCACUAGACCACCUAAAGUCAACUCAUAACGCACACUUACCAGACUCACCGCUCUUACAACUACAAGGGCACCCACUCACUACAGCAAAAUUCACCACGCACGUUAGAAUCUUAUUGGGAAAACUGGGUUACAACCCAGCUUCGUUCUCCGGGCAUUCCUUCCGCAUAGGAGCCGCUUCAUCAGCUUCUAGUACAAACACCCUGGUCCACAUCAUUAAGAGACUGGGUCGCUGGAAAUCCUCUAUAUACAACACGUACAUUCCACGACCAGAAAAAGAACUCCGUCAAGCCUUCAAGAAUUUAGUUAUGUAAUAAAUGCAAUAAAGUGUGUUUUUUCGUACUUCUCUUUUGCCCUCUUUUAUUUACAGGCCCACUCGGACGUUGGUUUCGGCACACCACAACCAACUUUCAUCCCAUUUCACUAUCCAUUACAUAUUAAAUUCCGAGCACAAAUAUAUAUAUAAUCUCAUUAAAUAAAAGAAACCGUAUCUAAAUAUAAAAAUACAUAUUACAUAUAAAACAUAUUUAAAUAUACUUGCUCCUAUAUCUUGAACAUAAAAACCUAAAAAUAACAAACAAAAAAGGUAUAGUGCAAAACUGUGUAAUGUAUCAAUGUUAAACUGAAAUCCUAAUAGGAUAAAAUACCACUCAUAAUUAUUACACUCAGGGAGGAUCAACCCCUCGAGUGUGAUGGAUUCAAAUCUGGAUUGCUUGGAAGGACUCUCCACCAUUCUGUAUUACCACUUUGUAGGUUUUAUUUUGUUAUUCAUAAUUCGAAAUACAGACAUUCACAGCUUCCUCAAGCAAAAUACACAAUCUUUGUUGGCUCUGAAAUUCCUUAAGCAAGAAGCUAGCCAUUUGGAUUGUAUUUCUUAGUUAGGGAUCCUUACGCCUCAAUGCCAAGUUAACCACAAACCAAUUUUAUGCGUCAGGGUCUUUGUCAAUCCUGCAUAAAUGGAUUUUUAAUUUGCCCACUUUUCUUAAAGGAACACUACACAAUGUGUGUCACAUUUGUUACAGUUUAUAAAAGAAAUUGGCACUUUAAUUCGUGGGUGCAGAUGCAUCUCCCUGGUUGUUAAUCUGGAGCACUAGCCCAACAGAGCUAAAGGAGGUGGCAGGUCUGCUGUACUUCUUGGUGAACUGUAUUAAUACUCAUUGAGCAGCUUAGGAAAGGCUCCGUAGUAUUCCUUGCAACAGACUGAAAGUCUGGAGUACCUGCACAGGCUUUUGAAAGCUUAUUUUUAUUUUUUUGUAACCGCAAAAUAAAUGCUUGUAUAUUUUAAUUGGGGUUAUAUGUACUAAAAAUCCCUUUUUAUUUUGGCAAUGAAGUGUCUCUUUCGCUAUUUCAAUAACACAGCACAAACCUUGGUUUUUACUGAGUCAUGUGGAACAUUUCUAAUCCGAUUCACAAUAGGUUUAUGUUGAUUUCAGAAUCAGUCGCAGGGCUUCACAUUAAUCUUUAUGAAAUACACAUCUUUAAAAUCUUUAUGAAAUACACAUAAAGACUGUUGGAAUUUCAUAUAGCCAUUUAUUUUACUCUGGUGCAUGUGCAAGACUACAGCACUGACAUGGAUUCCUGGCAGAUGAGGUGGUUUUCUUUUUGUCAUACAGUUUUCUGCAUGAUAACUCUUAAACUUGAUUGGAACCAAGUUGCAGGAUAAAGUAUUUAUUUUUCAUAACGCAUAAAUACAUGUUUUAUUACUUAUAGAGAAUAAGUAAACCUAACAAAAUAUUAAAAACCUAAGGAUUUUUCCGUUGUCAUUUAACUUCUUAAGGACAGCGGGUGUACUAUGGAAGGGUGGCCCUAAACACCGGAGGGCGUCUUAGUACGCCCAGCCGUCCUCCCGCCGUCCAGCCCUCUAGGGCCAUGUGAUCACAUGGCUGCAGGGGGACUGGCGCUACCUGCAGGGGGACUGUCUGAGCGGUCAGGCAGUCCCUCAGGCUGCUAAAAUGUAAAAAUAAAAAUCAAACGUCCAUUUGAUUCACUGCUAUUUCCUGGUUAGUCAUCUGACCAAAGAGGUGAUCCUGAUAGGCUGAAUCUCGCUAUAUAUAUAAUCUCACUCUCACGCACACACGUCAAGCCAUAAGAAUUGCUUUUCCCACAGAAAUCUCACUUUAACAGUGCUCUCACUACUGCAAGGCAUUCUGGGUAGGCAUAUGCAAAUGAGCUCAACAAAGAAUUUUUGCCUCAUAAUUCCACUUUAUACAUGGAUUCCUUGGAGAAUGUGUCUGCUGUGAAACACAACUAUAUGCACACACUUAUUUCCUAUAUAUGCAUAAUAAUAUAAUACACACGUAAUACAUAUAUCUAUAUCAUUUUUUUUAUUUUUUUUUUUAAAUAUCAUGUUAAACAAAAAUCUGCACACCAGUCAAGCCAUAAGACUUGCUUUUCCCACAGAAAAGCAAGUUUUAUGGCUUGAUUGGGGUGCAGAUUUUUGUUUACAUUGUUACAUAAUAUUAAUUAUCCACAGACUUCAGGUGGAAGGGGUUUUCAAUCACAUUUUUUUUUUUCCUCCCACCAUAACCUUUUUGUUUUUUGUGUGUAUAUACACAUAUAUAUGUAUAUGUGUGUAUGUAUAUAACAGUGUAAAUGUGCUGUCCCGUCUAAAUAACACACCGCCAUUAAUGUCUAAACCGUUGGCAACAAAAGUGAGUACACCCCUAAGUGUACUCACUGUUAUACAGGCUGUACACUUACUACUUUACAUUGUAGCAGAGUGUCAUUUCUUCAGUGUUGUCACAUGAACAGAUAUAAUAAAAUAUUUACAAAAAUGUCAGGGGUGUACUCACUUUUGAGAGCUCCUGUGUGUUUAAAGGACCACUCUAGGCACCCAGACCACUUCAGCUUAAUGAAGUGGUCUGGGUGCCUGGUCCAGCUAGGAUUAACCCAUUUUUUCAUAAACAUAGCAGUUUCAGAGAAACUGCUUUGUUUAUGAAUGGGUUUAGCCUUCCCCUAUUUCCUCUAGCGGCUGUCUCAUUGACAGCCGCUAGAGGCGCUUGCGUGCUUCUCACUAUGAUUUUCACAGUGAGAGCACGCCAGCGUCCAUAGGAAAGCAUUAUAAAUGCUUUCCUAUGUGACCGGCUGAAUGCGCUCACAGCCAGCCGACGGGGAGGAGAAGAGGAGGAUCGGAGGAGGAGAGCUCUCCGCCCAGCGCUGGGGCGGAGAGCUGGGCGGGAGGGGGACCCUGAGGGUGUGCCAGGAAAACGAGUAUGUUUGUUUUCCUGGCACUAUAGUGGUCCUUUAAGUAGAGAUUGUAGCCGCAUUAGUCCAGUGAUGUAGAUGUAAAAGACAGAUAAAAUUUGUAUCUUACAUUUUUUUUAUUGUACUAACAGAAUUUUCUUAAUGACAAGUUUUCAGGAGAAGCUUCAGACUUGAGAAAGGGGGGUUCUCCCAAAACCCUGUCAUUAAACCAUUAUGUUAGAUCAAUACAAAAGGUAUUACAAGAUACAAAUUUUAUGAUAUAUAUAUAUAUAUAUAUAUAUAUAUAUAUAUAUAUAUUAGUUAAUACAUUGCUAAACACAAAUACACACACCAGUCAAGCCAUAAGACUUGCUUUUCCCACAGAAAUCUCACUUUAACAGUGCUCUCACUACUGCAAGGGAUUCUGGGUAGGCAUAUGCAAAUUAGCUCAACAAAGAACCACAUUUUUGCCUCCUAAUUCCACUUUAUACAUAGAUUCCUUGGAGUAUGUGUCUGCUGUAUACAACAGCUUUAAAACACAACUCAGGAAGAGGAGAAAAGCCAGUGAACCACACUUGGACAACCGUUUCAUUGUUAAUGCAACUCAUCAACGUGAGGUUGGUUACUGGCUUGCUAUGGAAGCUUGGCGUUACUUGUAAAGUACAUACCAAGAGAGUUGUGGUGGGGAAAAGUGUGUAUGAAAACCCGUUCCACCUGAAGUAAGUGGAUAGUUAAUACAUUACUAAAGGGGUUUUUAAUCACAUUUUCCCCCAACCAUAACCUUUGUUUUUUUUCUUCCCAAGCUCUACCAAGCCUCAAUAAGCAAACCAAUAACCAACCUCAUGCUGAUGAUUUGCAUUAACAAUAAACCGCUGUCCAUAACUGGCUUUUCCUAAGUUGUGUUUCAAAGCUGUUGUAUACAGCAAACACAGACUCAAAGGAAUCCAUGUUUGAAUUGGAAUGAGGCAAAAUGUGAUUCUUUAAACUAAUUUGCAUAUGCAAGUCAUCCCAGAAUCCUUUGCAGUAGUAACAUCACUGCAGAUUUGUGAUUUUCUGUGAGAAAAGCAAGUCUAAUGGCUUGACUGGUGUGCAGAUUUUUGUUUAACAUUGUAAUAUGUAAUAUAUAUAUAUAUAUAUAUAUAUAUAUAUAUUCUAUACGCGAGUAUAAGACAAGUUUUUUGAGCACAUUUCACUCGUCUUAUACUAGAGUUAAUAUCUGUAUUAUGGCAACUUACAUUGCCAUAAUACAGACCAGGACCGCCGGGCUCAUUACAAGCCCGGCGGUCCUGUUGGGGGCUGGCAGAGAGCUGUAACUUACCUUUCCUUCAGCUCCUGUCAGCUCCCUUCUCUCUCCUCUGGUCUGGUCAACUCCCCUGUCAGCUCCACUGUAAGUCUCGCGAGAGCUGCGGGGUCAGAGCCCGUGGCUACGCUCCGCGUGGUACUCAGACCGCGAGACUUACAGGGGAGCUGACCAGCACGGAGGAGAGAGAAAGGAGCUGCAGGAAAGGUAAGUAAUAGCUCGCUGCCAGACCCCCUCCUACACAGCCCAUCCACUGGACCACCAGGGAAUGAGAGCCCCCCCCCCCCUCCUUGCCAUGUAUCAAGCAGGGAGGGGGGACAAAAAAAAUAUAAAUACAAAUUUAAAUAAUAUAAAAAAAAAAAAAAUUAAAUUAAUAUUAAAAUAAUAAUUAAAAUUCAUAAAAAUGCCCACCCCCCACCAAGGCUCUGCAUCAAACACACACACACACACACUGCACUCAUAGACACACACACUGCAUUUAUUAUAUACACACACUAAAUAAAUAUUCAAUUAAUAUAAUUUUUUGGGGAUAUAAUUUUAUUUAGAAAUUUACCAGUAGCUGCUGCAUUUCCCACCCUAGUCUUAUACUCGAGUCAAUAAGUUUUCCCAGUUUUUUUGGGUAUAAUUAGGGGUCUCGACUUAUAUUCGGGUCGACUAAUACUCGAGUAUAUACUGUAUAUUAAUUUUACAUAAUUAUUUGGUAUUAAUAGUUAUAAAAUGAGGGACCUGCCUACCAACCCAAAAGUCCAGAGAAUUUAAUUGGCAAGUAAUCGAGAUCAGGAAGGAGGUUCAGCGCUGAUAGGAAAACAGAGAAUAUGACAGCAAGGCAGCACACCUAUGGAAAAGGGGAAUCCCCUCUAAGCCCCUUGGAAUACAAUGGAGAGAAAAGCACAAAUAAGGGUGCGCCUAAGACAAGUAGAAUGAGUGUAUAAAAAUAUGUAUCAGAGAGUCCAAGCAGCGAUACCUAGAAAGUCCGAAUAUAAAUAAUCCACAUAUGCAGGAGGUAGUCCUAGUGCUACAUAAAAUGGUAUGUGAAGUCCCAGAUGUAUAUCCACAGCUUCAAAAUGGAUAUGUGAAGAAAACAGAAGACAAGGGAAACUCCAAUGGUAUAGUAUGAACGGUAAAAUAAUAUUGUAUAUAGAAUAGUAGAACUACUCACAAUAUUCAGAGCUUAUAUCCAGCUCUGGUGUAAAUGGCACGUAGUGGAAUAAUCCCCACUCAAGGAUAUACGUUGCUCCUCUUUUGUUCUUUAGCAGAGUACUUUGGUGGAGUAGUCCAGCUCGAGGUAAAAGAAUAAAAUAUAGUGCUCACUGUAUAGUUGAUAAAAUGUAAAAAUUGUGGCGAAACGCGUAUAGGAACUUUUUAUAUAAUCUAAGUGUUAAUAAAGGAAUAUUUGGCUAUUAUACAUUUGGUUGCCACAUUCCUCUUCCCACCUUAGUAUUAUAUUACCUUCUUUUAGUAUAAUUUUAUUAUUUUACUAUUUGCAAGUUUAUUUUAUUCAGACCUGACUACUACUACUUUUUUGUCCAUAUUGGAGUACCAAGAAUCCUAAGGUGGGGAUUAUACCACCCAUACGCCAUCCACCGAGCAGUACGUCUGCUCUAUAUACCGUGAGUAUAUUUUAUUCUGUUUUUACAUUUUAUCAACUAUACAGUGAGCACUAUAUUUUAUUCUUUUACCUCGAGCUGGACUACUCCACCAAAGUACUCUGCUAAAGAACAAAAGAGGAGCAACGUAUAUCCUUGAGUGGGGAUUAUUCCACUACGUGCCAUUUACACCAGAGCUGGAUAUAAGCUCUGAAUAUUGUGAGUAGUUCUACUAUUCUAUAUACAAUAUUAUUUUACCGUUCAUACUAUACCAUUGGAGUUUCCCUUGUCUUCUGUUUUCUUCACAUAUCCAUUUUGAAGCUGCGGAUAUACAUCUGGGACUUCACAUACCAUUUUAUGUAGCACUAGGACUACCUCCUGCAUAUGUGGAUUAUUUAUAUUCGGACUUUCUAGGUAUCGCUGCUUGGACUCUCUGAUACAUAUUUUUAUACACUCAUUCUACUUGUCUUAGGCGCACCCUUAUUUGUGUUUUUCUCUCCAAUUUAAUUGGCAAGCCCUAUAUUUAACCCUGUAAAAUAAAAAUGCUAACUUUGGCCAGCGUUUUCGACUAAGUGGCUACUACAAAGGACUGGAAAUACCCUAUUUUUAAUACCCUGGGUUGUCUUCAUUUGAAAAUGGUAUGCCAUGAUGAGUUUAAUUCACUUUCCUGGGCUUCCAAAUGGUCUCAAAAGGCAACUAAAUUGGGCAAGCCCUAUAUUGACCCUCUAACGUUAAAAAACACCAUAAAACCUGUACAUGGGGGUUAUUGUUCUACUCGGGAGACUUCGCUAUACACAAAUGAGUUUUUCAAAACUGUAAACCUAUCAUGACAAUAUCUCCAGCAAAAAUGCAGUUUUUGUAAAAAAAAAAUUUUAAAAAAAAUUGCAAAAAGCAAAUCUGAAUGCUAACUUUGGCAAGCGUUUGUGGCUACUACAAAAGACUGGACAUACCCUGCGUUGUCUACUUUUACAAAUGGUAUGCCAUGAUGGAGUUAAUUUUCAUUCCUGGACUGCCAUACGGUCUCAAAGGCAACAUAGGCCUAGCAAACCAAUCUGGCAAAUUUUAAUGUGCAAACAUGGAAAAUAGGAAAGCCAUACACUUGGCCCCUGUAAGUUUCCAAAAACCCAUAAAACUUGUACUCGUGAGAAAUUUCUGAAUACAAAUGUGUAUUUUAUUUCAGUAAAAUCCAACAGUGCUAUGACCUUCACAGUUAAAAUGUCAUGCAGAACUUGGAAAAAUAACAAUUUCUCAUACUUUUUUUAAUUCUUUAUUUUUUGUUGUGCAUAGAUGAACAACAAGCGUGCAGUGCCGCGACCGCAUCUACAGGCAAUUGCAUGACAUUUCAAUGUGUGGCAUUUUAGACAGCACACUUACUAUUAUUUUUUUUUUUUUUUUUAUAACAUGAGGGUAGCAGGAUAUUAGACGGGAGCAUUUGUAACACGCUAGACUAGAUAUGCAUAUAUCAAAACUUGUUGUGCUUGAGAUUGUAUGUGCGUAGUUUGUAUUUGAUGUGGCAUAUAGGCAUUGAAAGCACAGUAAGUAGUGUGACAGGUUAUUAUACUAGCAGAGGUGUCUUUAUACUGUGUGAGGCAAGCUAGUUGUUUGGUUGUGUACCUAUAUAAUGCCUAAGAAAAAAGAAAAUUUAAAAUAUUACCUAGAUCCCACCUAGUAAUGUGUGCUGUUGUUUGCUACUUAACACCACAGUGGGAGAUAUUGAGUAAGCACUAAAAGAACAUAAACAAUACAAAAAAAACCAAAACACAUGCUAUGGUACAAGCUUAUAGUAUUAGAACACCCUGCCGCCCCACCAACAAACAUUUGAGCUCCAAUGUCCCCGGCAGUGGAAUGAUGCAGGAAUCUGCACACCCGGCGUGGCCCUUGGUGGUAUGCAAAGUCAUUGUUGUUCGGUGUCCACUCUGUGAAGGUGGAGGGUUGGGGAGUGAUGUGCACCUCUGCCGGCGCCUUGAAUCCCUCCUGCUGCGGCUAGUAAGUGUUGCCAUGUGAGUGCUGUGGGCUUGUUCUGAAGUCUGGAGUGGGGUUGUGCCUCGUGUGCCGUUUGCCUGAGUCGGGCAGAGGGUUUGUCAGCCGGGUCUGGUGAGUUGGUGCUGCGUUGCUUGUAGCCCCUCCUCCCUCUUUGCAGUGUGCGGGUGCAAGAAUCACAGAGCCUUGGCUUGGCAUGUAACGUUGUGGUGUGGCUCUGGGUCCCCACCGAUCAGGCUACCAGUGAUAGGUACGUGGGGCCUGCCCUCUGUUUGUGGGGAUUGCAGUCCUCGGGGGGUGAUAGAUGGCAGGCUCCUUGAUGUGAGUUGGCAGGAUUUAUCAGCUCGCCUGGGUCUUGGGAUCUCCGUUGCGGAGGGGAUUGCAGGGUGUGGGCCAGGAUCACCCCCACCGGCCCGGGGGCGGAGACAGGGCCUGGACCGUCCAUCCCACUCACCACCUGAGUAGGCCUCAUCCCAUGGGGACGACGUAUAUCUCUACGAGAUAUACAAAUACUGCGAGCCUCUCCCCAGGUCCAGUGCUUCUCCGUGUGCCGCCCCAUCAUACUUGGUCUGCUGGAAGGAUCAGUAAAUCAGUUUUCGUGGCCUAAAAAGGCAGAAAGUUGUCGGAGCCGUUGUUCCAUCCGACCAGCCCCCAUGGUGGCCAUAGUAAAUUACUUAAUAUAUAAAUAUUAUGCCCCCUUUCUCCUGAAGAAAUUGAUAUAUAAGUGUGGGUGUACUUAAUAUGAAAGGGGUGAAUUAUGGUUGAACCACAUAUAGCCAGGUUUUGUUUUGAUCACAACUUGUACAAUUGGCUCAGUCCUUGGGGGAUUAAAGGGACAAUCUGACCACUGCAGUGUUCACAAAAGGCUUGAAUAUUAUCUGGGUGUGUCUGGAUCCUCUCUACAAUAAUAUGCUAAACAGAACUUUAUACUUCUGUAUUAGUAUACAAACUUUGGUCAUUGGCUGAGCGUGUCAGUUGAUUCUGAUUUUAUUGUCAAAACAAUGAAUUGUAGUUAGCUGUCAUGUUUUUGAUAUUAGCAAAUCCUAAUAGCCAACUAAAAGCUAUAGGUUAUGCUAAAAUUAUCUUAAAAUUAUUAAUAGUUAAAGGGACAUUAGUCAUCAGAACAACUACAGCGCUUAAUGUAAUUGUUCUGAUGUCUAUAGCCUAUCCCUUCAGAGAAAAAAAGCAGUGAUUACAUUGUUGCCUAGGGACACUGUCAGCCACUGGAGAUGCUUCCUGGAUCACUGCUCUGCAAGGAGACGCUGAACCUACCCAAUAGAGAUGCAUUGAGUGUGUGCGUGGGACGUAAGUGAUGUGGUUGCCGAGCAACCUAACAAACUAUAGUAACCGCUAGUAUAUACAUCUGCAAGUGUAUCUAGGAAGUAUCCCGGGGAUAAUAGAAUGGAGGAAAUAGAUACAGUAGCCUAAACUAUGGAGAUAAAUGUAACAUGUGAACAUGCAGAUAGUGGCAAAUUAAUGAUGCGUGAAUUAUUAAAUUUGUGAAUAUAAGUGAAAUAGCUCUCCAUAGAAAGGGCUACGAAGAAACGGAAUGAAACCGAUCAUAAUAUAUUAAAGAUAUUGUAAUCAGAGAUCCAAGUCAUACAUAUACUACUCACUUAUCUACAUUUUUGCAUUGUACCUAGAGCAAAUACAGAGGUUACCAUUACAAUUCCUAAUAUUAAUGUGGCUCAAAGAAAUAGCACUUGGCAAAAUAAAAACAUACAGAAAGGAAAAAAGAGAGAAAGAAAAAGCGAAAAAAUGGAAGAAUAAUCUCUCAAAACGCUAUAUCCAUUUAACGUGUUUUAAAGAAACAUCGAGAGAACAAGAUUUUCAUUCAGUCCCUUCGGGGUCAACGUAUCUAAAUAAUGUAUCCAAUAGGCUUCCCGUUGCAAAAGUAGCUUAGUUCUAUCACCUCUUCGCAGUGAAACAGGAACAUGAUCCAUGGCUAUAAAACGAAGGGUAGGUAAAUGAUGAUGUGCCGCCAAGAAAUGCUUGGCCACGGGCUUGUCCGUCUUUUGAUCUCUAAAUGCGGUUGUAAUGCCGGAUCGGUGCCCUCUGAUCCGGUCUCUGAGUGUCAUAUCAGUCUUCCCCAUGUAUGGAAGUCCACAUGGGCAUAUAAUCAUAUAAACAACGUGGGUGGUCGUACAUGAGAUAUAAUGGCUAAUUGGAAUUCUUUUCCCACCGUGUGGGUGGGCAUAUGUGGAUCCGGUCAGCAUAUGGCUGCAUGUAACGCAACCUGUGCACCUAUAACAUCCUUUUUUCUUUAUACUUGAUGAUUUGGCAUAGCAAUGGCGUGGAUCAUUUUUUACCAAUAAAUCUCUCCGGUUGCAGUUCCGUCUAUAGCUAAUUAUAGGAUUACAUUUAAACUUGUCUGGAAGGCUACGAUCAAUCUGGAGAAUAUUCCAGUGUGCAUAUAUAGCUUUCUUCAGUAGUGGAGUGACUGUAUUAAAUAUGAGUGGGAGAAAAAUAUUUUUGUUCCCACUGAUGUUCACUUUAGUUGUUUCAUUAAACUUGUGCCAGGCUUUUUGUUUUGCAAUCGUGAGAGUCCGGGGAUGAAAACCUCUCGCUAGGAACCGGUCCCAAAUCUCUUGUAUUUGAUGUUCUCGUUUCGCCGCAUUAAUGUUAUAUCUUAAAGCCCGUAGGAAUUGUGAAAUGGGCAAGGAAUCCUUUACGUGUUGAGGAUGAAAACUAGUAGCAGAUAAUAAAGUAUUCCGAUCUGUGGUUUUUCAAACAAAGUGUAGCCUAGGUUGUUUCCCUCUCUGUACAUGGUAACAUCCAAAAAUUCAAGCUUGGUCUUGUGCCAAUUCAGGGUCAACACUACCGGCAAUGGUAAAGUGUUAAUAUAUUGAAUCAUGUCUUCAAGCAUGGUUAAUGAGUCUUGCCAAACGAUGAAGAUGUCGUCCACAUAUCUUAGAUAUUUGAUGAUAUACUGUUGGUACUUAGGUAAAAUAUACUUGUUUUCAAACCAAUACAUAAAACCAUUGGCAUAUGCUGGUGCCAUGGCUGCCCCCAUGGCAGUACCAGAGGUUUGCAGAAAAAAUUGAUCUUCAAAUUUAAAAUAAUUACAAGUUAAAGCUAUAUUCAACAAAUCCAUAAGAUAUGGGAUAUGAGGGCCUUUGUACAUGUCGUCGUUUAUCAGUAUCUCCGAUAUGGCUUCAAUGCCUUCUUUAUGAGGUAUUAUUGUGUAAAGGCUUUGGACAUCUAAUGUAGCCAAGAUAAUAUCUUUAUCUGUGAACUCGAUAUUUCGUAUUUGAUCAAUAAAGUGUUGUGUGUCCCUGAGACAAGUAGGGAGCUUCCGAAUAUGUUUAUUGAUGUAAUAGUCGAUGAACUGUGCAAUGGGCUCUAUCAAACCCUCUUUUGCAGACACUAUUGGUCGACCCGGUGGGUGUUCCAAGCUUUUGUGAAUUUUUGGUAGGGUAUAUAAAACCGGAUGUUUUGGAUGUUUCAUGCAUAAAAACUUCACAGUAUUUUCAUCUAAAUACCGAUAUGACAACCCUUCCUCAAUUCAUUGUGUGUAUGUCAUAGAAGUGUGUUUUAUUUAUAUAUACAUACCGUAUAUACUCGAGUAUAAGCCGACCCGAAUAUAAGCCGAGGCCCCUAAUUUUACCCCCAAAAACUGGGAAAACUUAUUGACUCGAGUAUAAGACUAGGAUGGGAAAUGCAGCAGCUACUGGUAAAUUUCUAAAUAAAAUUAGAUCCUAAAAAAAUUACAUUAAUUGAAUAUUUAUUUACAGUGUGUGUAUAUGAUGAAUGCAGUGUGUGUGUGUGUGAGUGCGCAGUGUGUGUGUGUGAGCGUGUGCGCAGUGUGUGUGUGUGCGCAGUGUGUGUGUGUGUGUGCGUGUGUGAGUGCGCAGUGUGUGUGUGUGAUGCAGUGUGUGUUUGUGUUGCAGAGCCUUGGUGGGGGGUGGGCAUUUUUAUAAAAAAAUAUUAUUAUUUAUUAUUUAAAAUUUUUUGGUUAUAUUAUUUUUUUAAUUAUUUUUUUAUUAUUAUUUAUAUUUAUAUAUUAUUAAUUAAUAUUUUAAUUUUUUUGUUAUAUUAUUUUUUGUUAUAUUAUUAUUUUUUUUAUUAUUUUUUAUUUAUCUAUUUUUUGUCCCCCCUCCCUGCUUGAUACAUGGCAGGGAGGGGGGCUCUCCUUCCCUGGUGGUCCAUUGCAUUGGCAGUUCAGUGGGGGGAGGAGGGGGGCUGGCAGAGCUGUUACUUACCUCUCCUGCAGCUCCUGUCAGCUCCCUUCUCCUCCGCGCCGGUCCGUGCAGCUCCUCUGUCAGCUCACACUGUAAGUCUCGCGAGAGCCGCACUAUGACCCCGCGGCUCUCGCGAGACUUACACUGGGAGCUGACCGAGGUGCUGACCGGACCGGCGCGGAGGAGGAGGGAGCUGACAGGAGCUGCAGGAGAGGUAAGCACUCGCUGCCAGCCCCCAGUCUGUAUUAUGGCAAUGUAAAUUGCCAUAAUACAGACAGUGACUCGAGUAUAAGCCGAGUUAGGGUUUUUCAGCUCAAAAAAUGUGCCGAAAAACUCGGCUUAUACUCGAGUAUAUACGGUACAUUACACGUGUGUGUGUGUGUGUGUGUGGGGGUGUGUAUAUAUAUGUAUGUGUGUGUAUAUAUAUAUAUAUAUAUAUAUAUAUAUAUAUAGUGUGUGUGUAUAUAUUAUAAAAUAUAAAUAAGUAAAAAUAAAUAAAAAGUAAAAGUAAUAAUUUAAAAAAAUGUGUGUGUGUGUAUGUGUGUGUGUGUAUAUAUAUAUAUAUAUAUAUAUAUAUAUAUAAUCUCAAAAUACACUUAGAAUGAAAUGAUAUAUAUAUGUAUAAAUAAUACGAAAUAUACGUGUGUGUGAUAUAUAUAUAUAUAUAUAUAUAUAUAUAUAUAUAUAUAUAUAUAUGUAUGUAUGUAUGUAUGUAUGUAUGUAUAAUUAAGUAAUUUUAUUGAUUGCAAUUUGAGGGACAUGCCUGGCAACCCAGGCCGAAAGUACAGAGAAUUUAAUUUUCUAGCACUGUGUUUAACCCUGUAACUUUCUAUGACACCCUAAGACCUGUACAUGGGGGGUACUGUUCUACUUGGUAGACUUGGCUGAACACAAAUAUUAGUGUUUCAAAACCGUAAAACAUAUCACAGCGAUGAUAUUGUCAGUGAAAGUGACGUUUUUUUGCAUUUUUCACACACAAUCAGGACUUUCACUGAUGAUAUUAUUGUUGUGAUACAUUCUACUGUUCUGAAACACUAAUAUUUGUGUGCAGCAAAUUCUCCCGAGUAUAACAGUACCCCACAUGUAGAGGUUUUAUGGUGUUUUUGAAAGUUACAGGGUCAAAUCUAAGGCUUGAUUUUACUUUUUUUUUUUUUUUAAUUUGUCAGAUUGGUUAUGUUGCCUUUGAGAGCGUGUGGUAGCCCAGGAAUGAGAAUUUACCCCCAUGAUGGCAUACCAUUUGCAAAAGAAGACAAAUGGGGUACCUUCAGCCUUUUUUUAGUAGCCACUUAGUCACAAAGACUGGCCAAAGUUUGCGUUUUUUGCAUUUUUAACACACAAACAAAUAUUAAUGCUAACUUUGGCCAGUGUUUUUGACUAAGUGGCUACUAAAAAAGACUGGACAUAUCCCAUAUUGAAUACCCUGGGUUGUCCACUUUAAAAAAAAAAUAUGUACAUGUGAGGUGUGAUUCGGGGAUUUAUGACAGAUAACAGUGUUACAAUGUCACUAUUGAUAAAUUAAAAAAAUAUAUAUAUUGAAAGAGCAAUUUCCUACUUGUACUUAUAGCCCUAUAACUUGCGAAAAAGCAUGUAAACACUGGGUGUUUUUAAACUCAGGACAAAAUUUUGAAUCUAUUUAGCAGUUUUUUUUUCAUUAGCUUUUGUAGAUAAGUAAAAGAUUUUUCAAGUAAAAGUCCAAAAACAUGUUUGUUUGUUUUUUUCAGUUUUUCACCAUAUUUUAUUAUUUUCUUUAACGUAAAAUAUAUGACACGAUACAAAUAAUGGUAUGUAAAGAAAGCCCUUCUUGUCCUGAAAAAAAACAAUAUAUAAUUUUGUAUGGGAACCGUAAACGAGAGAGCGGAAAAUUACAGCUAAACACAAACUCCACAAAAGUUUUUAAAAACGCUCUGGUCCUUAACGUACAACAUGGCCAAAACAGGCCAGUCCUUAAGGGGUUAAUUUAGGCUCCCAGACCCCAACCACAUUGCAUUAUUUAGAAUAUAACAGCUAAGCCGUGACUAGUAAUAAUUUGGAGGGGAAAAGAGUCAACGAUUUGGUUCUUAAAUUUAGUACUUCAUUUUUUAGUUCACUACAAUUCAGUCUUUAGGAAAUAAACCUCUGAGUGUCUUACAUAACACAUUGCUCCAUUAUUGAGUCAGGCCUGUCUGUCAAACCAUUCUGUCUGUCAAAUGAUUCCUCUUUUAUUUGUUUACUUGCAGGAGUCCAGAAGUCUGUAUCAGCUCUUUCAUCUGCUCCAAGCAAGGCUUGUGAAUACACAGCAGAAGGCUGGAAAUAUAUGAAAGACUUGGCAAAGUAA